CGUGUUUCCUUUAGUGGCCUUUGUCUAGAUAGUUCAAGGACUGAUCGGAAUACACGGGCUAUUAAGGGGUGGUGCUCCUAUACAAUGACAUCUUUUUACAUGACACCAGUUACUUCUAAUCACGUGAUGAACAGCCGGGUAUAUUCCGCGGCUCCCGGGCGAUGCAAUGUAAACCCAUGUCUGCAAUGUAAACCCAUGUCUAUAUGCAACUCGUCUUGACAAGGUGGUGUUGAUACAACAUGUAUAAUAUAAGCUCUUGCCUCAAUAAGAAUCUCAGAUUGGCUGCCAACGAGCACCGGCUUUGCACUGGACGACCCAUCAGGAUCCCCAUCAGAUACGAAAAGCUGAAAAGCUGUCACCUUAACAGAUCAUUUAGCAUCUGUACUACAAAACGCGCUUCCGAUGCACCUCGCACGAUUUUUUCUGGUAUCCAGCCUACAGGUGUGCCUCACUUGGGUAAUUACUUGGGUGCUUUGAAGGAAUGGGUUCGAUUGCAAGACACCGCGACCGAUGGGACAAGACUUGUAUUCUCUAUCGUGGAUUUACAUGCGCUCACAGUGCCCCAAGAACGCUGCCAAUUGAGAGACUGGAGGAAACAAAUGCUCGCCGCGUUGAUUGCCGUGGGCUUAGAUCCAAACCGCUCCACGCUCUUCUAUCAAUCCGCCGUUCAAUCACAUGCUGAGCUGUUCUGGAUCUUAUGCACGAUAGCAUCUAUGGGAUACCUAUCUCGAAUGACUCAAUGGAAAAGCAAGCUUCAGUUACCCGACGAGGCGACUCUCGAAAGCCAAGCAGCAAGAUCCGAGUUACGGCUUGGCCUUUUUUCAUACCCUGUUCUCCAAGCAGCGGACAUACUUGUUCACAGAGCUACCCACGUUCCAGUUGGAGAGGAUCAAAGGCAACAUCUCGAAUUCUCUCGGAAUAUUGCGAAUAGUUUUAACCAUCGAUAUGGUCGGGUUUUUCCAGUUCCGGAGGCUCUUAUUAUGGAAUGCCCUGUAGCACCCGCUAGGCGAGUGAUGUCUCUCAAAGAGCCUAAUCUUAAGAUGUCCAAGUCUCAUAGUGACCCACGAUCCAGAAUUCUUCUCACCGACUCCUCAGAGGAAAUUUGUAAGAAGAUCAAGGUUGCGCUCACGGAUUCGGAAGCAGGCGUAACGUACGACCCCAUUGGCAGGCCCGGUGUGUCGAAUCUCUUAGAGCUUCUUAGUCAUUUUGACGGAAGAACAUGCGAGGAUUUAGUCUCGGAGCACCGAUUUUCUAGUCUCAGGGCUCUGAAGGAAACCCUAGCAAAUCAGAUCUCGAGCAAGCUUGCGCCUAUCAGGGAAAGAUACUUACAACUAAUUGCGGACAAGGGCGGGUAUCUAGAUGCUGUCGCUGAACAGGGAAAGCAUACAGCCAGGACCAAUGCUCAACAGACUAUGAGCCAUGUCAGGAAUGUAAUGGGACUAUGAAAAGCUAUUGUUCCAAAUGGCUCCGUCACAGGCGGGGAAUACUAUGCCGCUGUGUAUAUAUACAUGUAUAGAGAAAUUCUGUGUUUUCCAUUCUUAGUAUGAGAUGUUAUAUGAGGAUUACAUAAAUGAAGAAAGUAUAUUUAGAGGAG